AUGCCGAGAGGAGUCUCACACAACACCCUUGCCAUGGGAUCCACCGCCAUACUUCAUGCCAAAGAGCGCUUGGGUCUCCCAUCCCCAAAUACCCCAGGUAAAUCUAUUUUUUUAUUCAUACCAAGUAAGUCUUAUCAUCAAUCUUUUUUCUUUUCUUUUUCAUUUGGGGUGGGAAGAAAAUGAAACAAAAAAAUGAACCCGGAAACUGCCUCUGCCACCUUCUGCCUGUUAGGUCUAUAUUGUCUGAAGUCUAUGGGAGAGGAGCGCGUGCAGCUGCUCUCGCGAGAUGACGCGGCUUCCGCCUCCAAAUCCAAACCCCUACCCCCGCAUCGCUUUGGCGCGUUUUCUGCUCGGCGGGAGCUGAGAGCCGGUUUCUGA